AUGCAAAAGGUAAUUCAACGGACAACCCUCGCCCGCAAUCAAGCGGUGCGCAAGGCACGAAUCUUAAAAAAAAAAGAAGAGCGUCUCGAGGUCGUGAAAUUCUUCCGAGAACGAGACCAAUUUCAACGAGCACAGAUCGACAGAGAACGAGCCGCCGUAAAAGCACGCCAGGAAGACUGGUAUAAAGGCCCUCUCGCGCCGCAUCGAGACUCUGGAUUUACCGCUGGAACCUUUGGUACAGUCGAUCCGUCAGAAACACAAUUACCUAGACUUCCUCCACAUCUACGCAGACCAUUCAUCAACAUCGCCCCCGGAGAUAGGGUUGUUCUUCUGAAAGGGCCUGAUCAAGGCAAAAUAUGUGAGGUUCUUUCGGUUGAAGCGGAGUCGGAGAGUGUCCGUUUGCGUGAUCAUAGUCAGGCCGACUACCGAGUUCCCGGAUACAUGAAAGAUGAGAAUACCGGCCCUGUUCUGGUCGAUUCUGUACCAGUUCCCAUCGACGAUGUCCGUCUAGUCUGUACCCUCGAAGACAAUGGCCAGCAAUACGAAGUGGUCGCCAAACAUGUCCACGGCUCAGGUCCAUUCCUCACUCGCUCGAACACGACCACUCCACGACAUACCAGAUACAUCACCGGAGAGAACAUACGCAUCCCCUGGCCAGAAGAGAACAAGAUUGACAAAACGACUGAGGAAGACGGAGACACUUCGCGCAAGGAAGUGGAAUACGAGACAUGGACGCCAUCACUCAGCGCCAAGCCAUUCCAACCUUCAAUCAUGGAUGAAUUAAGAAACAAAUACUCCAAGUACCGAACACGACAUGACCCUGUAUGGGUUGAGGCUAAGAGAUUAGAGGAUCUCCGUGAGGAGUUCCUCAAAUCGAGGACGCUGUUGACACCGGCCGGAGAAUACAAGACCAAGCUUGCGGAACAAAAGGCUGCCAUCAGACAGUCAAAGAAGGAUGAAAAUGGAAAUUAUAUCAUGGAUCAGGCUACGUCUGACUUUAUUGCCCAGUUUAUCAGCAAGAAUGGUGCUGGGAAGGAGCAGCGAAAACGGGCAGUGAACUAG